CGUGCCUUGCGCAGCUCCGGGAGCGGCGGCGCGGCCGGGCCGGGGCUGCGGAGCUCCCCCGCCCGCGGCGGGCCAUGGAGCCGCUCCCCGGGCGGCGGUGGCAGAAGGUGCUGUACGAGCGCCAGCCUUUCCCCGAUAACUACGUGGACCAGCGGUUCCUGGAGGAGCUGCGGAAGAACGUGCACGCCCGGCAGUACCGGUACCAGGCCGUGGUGUUCCAGUCGGGAGCGGUGGUGCAGCAGCUGUGCAGCGUCUGCGUCUUCGUGCUCACCUGGUGGUACAUGGACGCCGGGAUGCUGAGCCCGCAGGGGCUUUUCGGAGCGGCCCUGGUGUCCUCCCUGCUCGGCUACGUCCUGUUUGACGCCGUGGACGGCGGGGCCGGGCGCUGGGCGAGCGGGCGGACGCGCUGGGCUGACCUCAAGAGCACGCUGGUGUUCGCCGCCUUCACCUACGGCUUCUCGCCCGUGCUGAAGACGCUGACCGAGUCCAUCAGCACGGACACCAUCUACGCCAUGUCGGCCCUCAUGCUCCUGGGUCACCUCAUCUUCUUCGACUACGGCGCCAACGCCGCCAUCGUGUCCAGCACGCUGUCCCUCAACAUGGCCAUCUUCGCCUCGGUGUGCCUGGCCUCGCGCCUGCCCCGCGCCCUGCACGCCUUCGUCAUGGUGACCUUCGCCAUGCAGAUGUUCGCGCUGUGGCCCAUGCUGCAGAAGAAGCUGAAGGCGCGGACGCCGCGCUGCUACGUGGGGGUCACGGUGCUCUUUGCGCUGGCGGCGCUGGCCGGGCUGGCCACCGUGUCCAGCGUGGGCGCCGUGCUCUUCGCCUCCCUGCUGCUCGCCAUCUCCUGCCUCUGCCCCUACUGCCUCAUCCGCCUGCAGCUGCUCAAGGACAACAUCCACGGGCCGUGGGACGAGGCUGAGAUCAAGGAGGACCUCUCCAGGUUCCUCAUGGAGGCCUGGCCCAGUGCGAAGGUCCCGGCUGGGGGAGGACACCCGAGCCAAUAAAGUCUCUCCCGCAGCAGC